AUGAGUGGAGGUCGUAUAUUGUAUAAUGUUCCAUGUUCAGUUUGUCAUGACAAUUCAUCUGGAAAACAUUAUAGUGUAUAUGCGUGUGAUGGUUGUGCUGGUUUUUUCAAACGAUCAGUACGACGUAAUCGUGUUUAUCAUUGUAAAAAUCGAAAUAAAUGUGUUGUGGAUAAAUAUAGACGGAAUCAAUGUCGAGCAUGUCGUUACCGACGAUGUCUUGAUUCAGGAAUGAAUAAAGAUGGUAAGAUUUU